AUGCCAUCCCGCCUAUUCCUAUAUCAUCCCGUCCCAUUCCACCGCAUCCCACUUCAUCCCACCCCAUCCCAUCCCAUGCCAUCAGGUGCAAAGUCAUGUGUGGAUGUGCAUGUGGGCACGAUAGGCCCGGGGAAGGUGCGGGGAAACCACCGCCACCACACCAAGAGCGAGUCCUUUCUCAUCUGGGGUGCAGACGCUCGCAUCCGGAUCGAGAAUCCAUCGUUGCCCGCCGGGUAUGCAGAGGUGAUGCUGGAUGCUGCUGACGUGGCAGUCUUCACAGGUCCAGCUGGCAGGGCACACGCGCUGGAGAAUGUGGACAAGCAAGGCCGUACGCUCAUUUUGUCUGCGUGUGCGGAUACAGAGUGGGACCCCGCCCAUCCCGACACGGACUAUCGCAUCUGGAAGGACAUGUGA